CCGCCGUCUGUCAGUCAACACCACGCUAUCCUCCUCCUCCUCUCUUGGCAUUAUCCUGGUGUGUGCCCACCUUGUUUCAGCGACGAGCGACUCGACAGCUUUCUAUUUGAAGUUAAUAUAUUUUCAGCUAAAGCCGCCGGUUCGGCACGCGCUUUCUCCGUUAUUUCUGGCUGUCGAUGUAGCUUUGUGUUUUACCGUCAGGAUGAGUCAGGGUGUGAUGGGGUGCUGUCCUGCUGUUGCUAGCUAGGCGGACAAAUUCCUUCAACCAGCCUGCUGUUUCAAUCACUGCGGGCUGACACCACAUUAGCCGAGGCGGUGUUUAGUGAGCUAGCGGGCUAGCAGCCCAUUUGAGCAGACAUUAGCUGAUGUAGUUGGACUUGCGUCGGAGAAAGUACACAGACAUCAGCUGUUACUGGUUUGGAUAACGCGACACUGCAGGUUCGAAUCAUUUUGGAGGAUUGUUAAGAUUGAAUAAGACAGCAGUGACAGGCGAAAAUAUAGAAUUGGACCUCCAAGUGGCAUAAGGGGUUAAUGAUAUAAACAGGUAGUAAGUGGCUAGUCUGAUGUCAUUUUGACAUUAGCUUCAUUCUGAGACGUGCAGUCAGAGCAACUCCUGGAGGCCCUUCAGUCUCCUGGCUCUCCUGUCUCAGUCUCCCGUGAUUUGCGGUGAGGACACGGGUGAAGUCGCAGUUUUUCUCGGCUGGGGGGACAACUUGACAGCGAGGCCCCUGGCUAGUCUCCCCUCCCCCAGUCCUGUCCAUCCAUCCGUUCAGCCCAACUGGCCGCUUCCUCGCUUGAAAACCAAGUGAGGACCGGGGAUUCGGGGAGAAGCUGAAACCUUGAGCAAGUGCUUGUCAGGUCCCGUUUGAACCGGGCUGCCAAAACAGAGGGGAUGACUCUGGAGUCCAUGAUGGCUUGCUGCCUGAGCGAGGAGGCGAAGGAAUCGAAACGAAUCAAUGCAGAAAUUGACAAACAACUCCGCCGAGACAAGCGAGACUCCAGGAGAGAACUGAAAUUACUACUGCUUGGUACGGGAGAAAGUGGCAAGAGCACCUUCAUUAAGCAGAUGAGGAUCAUCCAUGGAGCUGGCUACUCAGACGAAGAUAAGAGAGGCUUUAUUCGACUCGUUUACCAAAACAUCUUCACCUCCAUGCAGGCCAUGAUCCGCGCCACUGAGACCCUCAAAAUCCCAUACAAGUUCGAACAGAAUCGGGCUAACGCCAUGCUUGUGAAGGAAGUGGAUAUUGAGAAGAUCAAUGGCUUUGAUCAGCACUAUGUUACAGCUAUUAAAAGCCUGUGGGCUGACCCAGGGAUCCAGGAGUCCUACGACCGCCGCAGGGAGUACCAGCUCUCUGACUCCACUAAAUAUUAUCUUAGCGAUAUAGACCGUGUGACUGCAGAGGCAUAUGUUCCCACCCAGCAGGAUGUGCUGAGAGUCCGUGUUCCCACCACGGGUAUAAUAGAGUACCCAUUUGACCUGGAGAACGUCAUCUUCAGGAUGGUGGAUGUAGGAGGUCAGAGGUCAGAGAGGAGGAAGUGGAUCCACUGCUUUGAGAAUGUCACCUCCAUUAUGUUUCUUGUGGCGCUCAGCGAGUACGACCAGGUCCUGGUGGAGUCGGACAACGAGAACCGCAUGGAGGAGAGCAAGGCUCUGUUCAGGACUAUCAUUACCUACCCCUGGUUUCAAAACUCCUCUGUCAUCCUGUUCCUCAACAAGAAGGACCUGCUGGAGGAGAAGAUCACUUACUCACACUUGGUGGAUUACUUUCCAGAAUUUGAUGGUCCCCAGAGAGAUGCUCAGGCAGCACGGGAGUUCAUCCUGAAAAUGUUUGUGGACUUAAACCCAGACAGCGACAAGAUCAUCUACUCUCACUUCACUUGUGCAACGGACACUGAGAACAUCCGCUUUGUGUUUGCAGCUGUCAAAGACACCAUCCUACAGCUCAAUCUCAAAGAGUACAACCUGGUGUGAGGGCUCUCGUACGAUGCACAUCUCCUCCCCAUUGCACAAAUUCACACCUUUUUGGGAAUGUGCUGUCAACUCCACAUGCAUUACACAGCACACUACUCCGACACAUUAUUCACACACAGUCACACACAAACAGUAUCUUCUUUUUUUUUUUUUUUUGUGCAGUGAUCACAGAUUCACAGAUCCUCCCAAUUGCAAAUGUGCCCCUCCUCUUUCACCAAAGCCUCUUCCGCCUCCUCCUCCUCUCGGCAGCUUUUUGUGUCAGAGUCUUCGGCCCUCCCAAAGCUGCUCCUUGUGUCAGAUUUGGCCAUGGCUCCUGGCUCUGGUACAUUUUCUCUGGCACACAAAUCUUUCACACGAGCUAAACAGUGACUUGAAGAGAUGUUGUGGCAUUCAUGUACGUGCAUGUGUGUUUAUAUGGGGGCAGCAUUGAUUAUUGAAGAGCUGUUUUGGUGGCAAAAAAAAAAAAAAAAAAAUUAAUCCCAAGCCCCCUAAGAGUUGACGGCCAGCUGCAUGAGAUCUGGUUCUUCGUUGUCUCCUUUCUUGCCGCCGUGGAAGGAAAGUGAGCACUUUAUCUGCUGAUAUCAUCCGAGGAUCAGCGGUGCUGAAGAAGAGAUGCUUCAGAGUGACUCAGCAAGGAUGUGAGGUCGCACACCAGAUGCAAGGGGAAGGUGCGGAGGAUUCGCUCUCCACCUCACAUCUAUGAAUGUACCCCCUGUGUGAGCAUCGCAUUCGCAAAAAAGAAAAUAGAAAUGUAUAUUAUGAAGUAAAUGCAUUUGUAAACACUUAAGACAAAAAGCACGAGGGAGCGAGACAUAGCUAAUCAAAAUCUGUUUGUUGCUGAGAUUUUUUAACGUGUUUUUAAUGAUAGAAAUUUGUUGCCAUGUCUAAUUCUAUUUAACAAACAACUGAGUGAAGUGGUGAGAAGAAAGGAUAAGAAAAUCUAUAAAAAAUUAAGUAAAACAAAAAAGCAACCAAAAAAAGAAGCAACUAAAACUUUACUUGAUAUAAGUAUCCUUUUAAGAUUUAAGUUAAUCACACGCUUCCCUCCUUCAGAUGUUUUCUGUAUGGAUUUACAGGGACUAUUUUCCACAUGACAACAGUCACAACAUCUAGCUCCACACCUGCAUCCUCAAUACGAAACACUAGUAGCAGGUUAAAAAAAAAAAACCUGCUUUUGACAGCUCUGAUUGGUGGAAGUAGUUUUGGAGAAGUGUGUGAUGUCAUCAGUGUACAUCUGCAGCUUAUUUAACGAAGGAAAAGCUGUAAGUUCAACACGCCCACAAGUCGGGUUGUAAGGAGAAUCCACAAAGUCACACUGGCAUCACCAAGCCGUCCAAUCAGACACUUCCUGAUCAGGAUGUGCUUUUUUUUUUCUUUUGUUUCCUUUCUUUUUUUUUUUUUUUUUUUUUUUUUUAGGUAUAGUCACUUUGUUUAUUAAAAAAAAGAUUGCUUACUAUGGAGUGAUGAGAGGAAAGAGAAGUGGGAGGUUGAACCUUUCACAGGAAAAACUCUAAAGUUUGCAAAUGUUUGUGUAUAUUUGUAAAUACAUAUACACAAAACACUUCUGUACAAAUAAGCUCUGUGGUACACCAGUUCUGGCAAAAACAAAAGUACCAAGUUUUAUUAGAACAGCUUUUUUUUCCUAUGAAUUAAUAGUAGUAUUGAUACUGUGAUUUUGGGUUUUGUUCACUUGAUUAAUGAAAUAACAGAGCUGAGCGGUGCAGAGGAAGCAAAGGGGUAACAAUCUGAGAUAAAAGGUUCCUCUCGACCAGCAUAAGAACGCCACACUACUGCAACAGCUCUGUCCACAGAGUAAAACUAACUAGGGCUGGUUUUAGAAAAACAACAAAAAAAAAAUCAUUACAGUAUGGUGAUGAGAUUUUUAAGAGUAAUUAAAGAUUUUUUUAAUUUAUAUAAUUUAUGGACCAGGUUGAUGGUGUUGAUAAUUUGACUGCUUGUGAUUCUGUCAUGUUGAAGGGCUCCUUUUCUCAUGGCAGAGCCUACUUGAGUCUAAACUGCUGUAAAAAAAAAAACAAAACAAAAACAAAAAAACAAAAAAAAAAAACGAAUGUCUGGUAUAAUAAGAACUUUAUCUCUGCUUUCUAUUAGAGACAUUUCCAGUUGUGCUUGCCAUUGCUUCUCCAUCCAUGAUAAUACUGUUUGAUUUCUUUUGGAGCCCUCACAUUUUUUUAUUUUUUUUUCUCAAACUCAAAGAAACUCAUUUCCUCUUGGGUUAUAAAUGCAGCGCUGUAAUACGUCCCUAGAAAAAUGUACAGUACAAACAUAGGUGGACUUCUUUUUUCAGUGAUUGAAGACCUCUGUGGUCCAUGCUUGCUGUUUGUAACUUAACACACUUUUCUUUUUUCCUUUUCAUUUUUAAUUUCCAGCUUUUCUAUGCUUGCUUUGAAUAGUGCCAGUGAAGUGCAAAUAUACUUUUUUGGUCUCCGACCUUUUCUACAGGUGACUUACCCUUCAUCCUCAUAAAGGGCUAUCACAGUGCAUCCGACAGUGGGGAGUGGAGUACAGGACCACAGUGAACCAAGUCAUCCACUGCUAAUUCUGGUUUGUAAAUGGAGAUUAUUUGCAGUCUGUGCUAUAAGAAGUAUAGGCAGGGUGAUAACACAAAUGUAAGGUGUGUGUGUAGAGUUUACCAACACUAAGCUGUUUUCUUUAAGUAUUUCCUUAGGUUUUAUAGCCCGCUCUGAUCUACACUAUGUUUUGUUUGCAUUUGUAUCACAGUGUUGCCUGUAAUACUUCAUGCAGUAUAGAAACACUUAGUCAGCAAGCACUACAAGUAUUUUUUUUUCCCCAAGUAUUUUGAGUUGUAGCCAAGAAAUCUUUUAAGACCAUGCUGGUGUUUUUGCAUAUUUUAUUUUGAUGGCAGUUCUUGGUUUCAGCCAAAACCAGGAGCUGGUAUAGAAUUAUGAUUUUUAUGACAUUGACUACAUGAUUGAUAUUUUUUAUGAAAAAAAAGCUGCUUCCUGUUAAAUCUAUUUCAGUUUUCUUCAUUUUUAUUGUAAAAACUUUAACAUCAUCGGCCCAGGCAAGUCUUCCCAGUUAUUCAGUUAAACCGCCUAACAAUGUCAUUGCAUUAUAAACUGAAGGGCUCUUUGUAUUUAGUCUCUUGAAAUACUUCAGGGUGCCACUACUAAAGAGCUUUAACACAAUGAUGAACAGUGAUAAAUUUAAUUGGAUUUUUUAUUUAUAUUAAGAGCAAAACCUCAAAUCUGUAUUAAAUGUUUAAAGCGUCUAAAUUUCAGACUUGAUGGGCUUUAAAAAUAUAUAUAAUAAAAACACCAGCAUGGUCCAUAACUGCCAUCUUGUCUGCUGAAAAUGACACUAACCUCACUCAGGAGGAAGCCAACUGUUAGACUUCUGUCAUCGAGGAUCAGGAUGCCAGUAUUAAAAGACGGAAUGAUUGACCAGUAUGCACACCCAAGUAUUUAUCAGAAGUUGUGUUGAUAUUUACAGUGCUGAGUGCAGCUCACUUUAAUGGUGUCAAACCAUGUAUUAACUUCUGGCACAUGUUGAAGGGAGGAGUGGCUGAUAGUGUGGGUUUGGCGAGGCUUUGGCAGCCCACAGUCGCACAGUGUGGCUUUUUUUUUUAAUGUUUUGUUUUUGUCGUUUUUUUUGGGGGGGGGGCAUCUCUUAACAUAAUCGAGCUGGAACGAAGGAAUGCAGUUCGUAUGAAAGUUCAGUCUCCUCAUUCUUGUCCGAUUUUAGCGUUAAUUCACUACAUUGCUUAUUUAUUGCCUUUCAUUGCCUUGAAUAACGAAAGAUGGCAACCCUGACCCUUUACGGUUUUUGGAGCAUGUUGUGCAACGUCCUAACCUGAUCUCUGCGACGUCCCUUCCUGUGAGCUUGUUGUUGAUUUAAUGGAAUCAAUCUUAUCUCUUGGACAUCACUAAGGAGUUGGUGCACACUCAGCCUAAAGCUUUUUCCCCUUCUUGUUUGUUUUUUUUUUCUUUUUUUUUUUCUCCUUCCUGUAUAAAACAUUACCAGUACACUAUUUUAGGACCACUUGAUUUUUUUCCCUCACUCCAAUGAAACCUGAAGGUCAAUUGUGUGUAUAAAAUGCUUAUUUGUUGCUUUGUUUGUUUAUUUGCUUUAUUUUGUAUGUAAACCAAAAUGUAAAUUAUGUAUUAUACUGAGUGUGCCAACCCCACUCUAGAGCCAGGCUCUCUCUAAGUGCCAACGCUGUGGUCAUUAUCAGAAGGACCACCACCUGAGAUGGUUCCCUCCUUUUUAAAACACACCAGAGACUAAAAGGAUAGAUGAUUAAGUACACGCAAAGACUUUAUUCUGUAUUUAAGAGUGAAGAUUUAAAAGAUAAUCUGCUGUUUUUGUUUUGUUUAAUUUUUGUUUUUUAAGAAACUGUAAUUAUUACUGCAUGUGCUGUUUAUUUUGUGUUGAAAGUGAGGGCUUGGAUGUUUUCAUUGAAGUAGAGCUUUCAAUGAAGGGGGUUUCAAUCAGCUGGUUAUUAUCGAUUUAAUGAUUUACAUAACUCUUGCCAUAUUUUUUUAUGUGUUUUCAUGUAUUUGUUUCAACCACUGUUGCCUGAUCCUCAUUCAGACAUGAACAUGACUUAUGAUCAUUGCCGCCUUCUAAGAGAGAAACAUAAUGACAAGGUAUCUGUUUUAAAUUGAAAUAAAUUUGUUCCUAUACUUGC